AUGUGGCCGGAUUUUAAAAUUGUACAUGGAAAGCCAAGACAUAGCCAGAGUCAAGGAUCAGUGGAGCGUGCCAAUCAAGACAUCGAAAAUAUGCUUAGCACGUGGAUGGAAACCAAUCAGUUGUCAAAGUGGUCAGAGGGCUUGAAAUUCAUCCAUGCCAUGAAAAAUAGAGCAUAUCACGAGGGAAUUAAAUGCUCUCCUUACGAAGCAAUGUUUGGUAGUCCAAUGAAAAUGGGCAUUGCGACGUCAGCAAUUCCUAAGGAUAUGAUUGGACUAUUAAGAUCUGAAGAAGAUUUAGAGAAUUUAUUGCAUUCGCAAAAAAACACGGAACAAAAUAUUACCGUCGAAAAUGUAAUUGAACAGGACAAGGAAAACAACGUUGUUAAAAAUGAGUCAGAAGAGGACAUAAACAGUGACAACGUGAGGAACAAAACACAAGAAAACGAAAUGAUUGUAACCAAAAAAAUGAAGGAGAAGCAAAUAACCAAUGAUACCAAUGUAACGAUUUAG